AAUAACUCAUUAAAUGUAUUAACGAGUUAAUCACGCCAUGUUAUUUUGUGUGAGAUUUUAGUUGUUAAUCACAACUAAUUUGAUUAAUAAUGAGCUUCAUUAGCGACGGUCCGGCCCCGCGUUGGUCCACCGCACAAGGAUGCAUCACAAUGAACUGAUUUCGCCGGAGCUUUCAUCUCCGCCGCCAUUUUUUAUUUUUUGAUAGCCGUCGUAUUUGCUACCUCGACUAUAUUCAAGCAACACAUAGAUAACUCUUCCAUCGAGGAUAGGACAGAUAGGAAGAACCUGCUUCGCUAUAUAAAGCAACAUUUUGUCAUGUUUCCCUUCUGCAAUGCCCACUUUAUCUUUACCUUCCAAAGCUCGAAGUUUUGGUACAAACAAGAAGCUCAAUAAUUCAUGCUUAGUGCAGAAAAUUAUCAAUCUUUCUUCGCAAAGGAAUCUUAAACAAGCCUUCAAUUACCUUAACAUCUUAACCCGUAAAGGCAUUCGAUUAGACAGUAAAGCUCUAGCUUUUCUUGUUCAACAAUGCGCUAAUUCCGGGUCACGUGAAGAACGAAAAUGGAUCCAUUUACAUCUCAAGACUACUGGGUGGAAACACCCAACGACUUUUUUAGCCAACCAUUUGAUCAAUAUGUAUGGUAAAUGUGGUGAUCAUAUUGAAGCACGUAAGGUGUUUGAUAAAAUGUCUAUGAGAAAUUUGUAUUCCUGGAAUAAUAUGCUUUCUGGGUAUACUAAGUUAGGCAUGAUUAAGGCUGCUAAAAGGUUGUUUGACAAAAUGCCGGAGAAAGACGUUGUUUCUUGGAAUACUAUGGUGAUUGGUCAUGCUCAAGUUGGUUAUUUCAAUGAGGCGAUUAAGUUGUAUAGGGAAUUUAGGAGGUUGAGUAUUGGGUUUAAUGAGUAUAGCUUUGCUGGGGUUAUAACUGCUUGUGUUAAAUCCAGGGGUUUUUCUCUCACGGGACAGGUUCAUUGCCAAGUAUUCGUCGUUGGGUUUUUAUCCAAUGUAGUUCUUUCUAGUUCAAUUGUUGACGCUUAUGCGAAAUGUGGGAAGAUGAGCGACGCUAGGAGGUUGUUUGAUGCAAUGCGAGUAAGAGAUGUUCUUGCCUGGACAACCUUGGUUUCAGGCUAUUCAGGGUAUGGGGAUAUGGUCUCGGCUAGGGAGCUGUUUGAAGCAAUGCCUGAGAAGAAUCCUGUUUCUUGGACAGCUUUGGUUGCUGGUUAUUCCCACAGUGGCAUGAGCAUUCAAGCCCUUGAUUUAUUUGCAAAGAUGAUAAAGCAUCAGGUCCAACCUGAUCAAUUUACAUUUAGUAGUUGCCUAUCUGCUUGUGCUGGUAUAGCAUCACUUAAGCACGGUAAGCAAAUACAUGCAUUUCUGGUGAAUGCUGGUUUUCGACCUAAUACAAUUGUUGUGAGUUCUCUCAUUGACAUGUAUUCAAAAGGUGGAAGUUUGGAAGUUGCAAGGAGGGUAUUUGAUAUGGCAUAUAACAAGCAUGAUGCAGUAUUAUGGAAUACUAUGUUAUCUGCAUUAGCACAACAUGGCAUGGGUGAAGCGGCAAUUGAAAUGUUUCUUAAGAUGGUGAAGUUUGGAGUGAAACCGAACCGUAUCACUUUUGUUGUCCUUCUCAAUGCUUGUAGUCAUUCAGGGCUAGUACAAGAAGGGCUUUCCUUUUUCGAGAUAAUGACCUCUAAGUAUGACGUUCCUCCCGAUCAAGAACAUUAUGCAUGCAUAAUUGACCUCUUGGGUAGAGCAGGACGUUUUAGUGAAGUGAUAGCUCAGAUAAAAAAGAUGCCUUGUGAACCUGAUGAUCAUAUUUGGAAUGCCUUGCUUGGUGUUUGUAGAAUUCACGGAAAUGUGGAGUUGGGUAGAAUGGCUGCAGAACUGCUAAUAGAGCUGGACCCACAGUCUCCUGCAGCAUAUUUGCUGUUGUCAAGUAUUUAUGGUGUACUUGGGAUGUGGGAAAAUGUAGAGAAGGUGAGACAGCUUAUGAAUGAGAGACAUGUUAGGAAAGAGCAGGCUGUUAGCUGGUUAGAGAUUGAGCAUAGAUUGCUUCCAUAUUUUGGGUGCAAUAAGUUGAAUAGUUUAGAGAAAGAUGGACACACUAUUUUGCAACUGCUAGCUGAUCAGAGAAAUGAUGAUGAACUAGUACAUGAUAGUAAAAGCUAAGUUACCACUUCUGAAUAUUUUCUGGUCCUGCGUCUCUCUUCCUCCCGCAUGCAUUGAGCCAGAUUCCGAUUUGCAUCCAAAACUUGUCUCUCUUCCUCCCGCAUGCAUUGAGCCAGAUUCCGAUUUGCAUCCAAAACUUGUCGAUGCAUUCAUACAUGAUGGGAUUGAUGCUACAGGUGACAACCUUUGUGGUGAAGUGCAUGGGCGACCCUUUCAACCAGCACAUACCAAGAAAUAAGCCUCAUAUAUGCUCUUUUGGCUGUCAUAUGAGCUUCACAAUUAUCACCUGUGAUUUAUUUAGGGACUUAAAUGACUGGUUGAAGUUAAUUUGUAUGUAAAGGGCGUUAACAGAUAAGCUGCUGGUUUGGCCACUGGAUACGUUUUUGGCGUGCCAUGCCUGGGAUAGAUUGCUGAGGUGGACUUUCCCUGGCAAGAUGCCUGCCUGGAAGCAACAGCUUCGUCAAGUCUAGGAAUAGAAGCGCAAUUAGUUCUUAGUGAUUGAGAACCAAGGAUAUAGAGAGGUAGAUGCUCUGUAAUAGCUAUUCAGGACCCUGCUGGAUAGUAUUUUGUUGUAUUGAAAGAUGCAUGACUCAAAUUUUGCUGCAUUUUGAUUUUUGUUGUCUCCAUUUCUCUGGAGCGCAAUUAGUUCUUAGUGAUUGAGAACCAGGGAUUUAGAUUCGGCUGGUGCUCAGUAAUAGCUAUUCAGGUUCCCGCUGCAUAGAAUUUUGUUGUAUUGAAAGAUCCUUACUAUCUCCACUUCUAUAGAGA